GGACCAGAGUUGCUAAACAAAUACGUGGGUGAGAGUGAACGAGCAGUGAGGCAGCUUUUCGGACGUGCACAUGCAGCGAGGCCUUGUGUCCUGUUUUUCGACGAGAUGGAUGCAUUGGCACCCCGGCGAGGAUCUGACAAUCAGGCAGCUGAAAGAGUUGUGAAUCAACUGCUGACAGAAAUGGACGGCGUGGGGUCGCGGGAAGGGGUGUACAUCAUGGCUGCCACGAACAGGCCUGACAUCAUUGACCCUGCACUCUUGAGACCUGGACGCCUGGACAAGGUCGUCUACAUCCCCCUUCCCACUCCAACUGGGCGAGUUUCAAUCUUGAGAGCCCUGAUGCGAAGGACACCUGUUGCCUCUGAUGUGGACAUCGAAGCGAUUGGGCUGGACACCAGGUGCACCGGAUUCAGCGGGGCGGACCUUGCUGCACUGGUCCGCGAAGCAUGCAUUGUAGCCCUGAAGGUGUGUACCGCCAGGCAUGCUAACAAGGGCAGGACAUUUGCACCCGAAAUUUGCGCAUGA